AUGAGUGACGCCCGGCCUCUUUCCAAGGCUCCCAAUGGCCAGAAGUACUCCCAGUGGCUGGGGCAACAGCCUCAGGGCCAAAACGCCUUUCCAAGUUCACAACAACGUCAGCAGCAAUCCACUCCUCCACCAGUAGCCAACUACACUUUACCUGGUGUGAUUAAUUAUCUCACUUCCGAGUUCACCAAUUUGGAAAGAUUCAAGAUCAUGACCAAUCUCGAACGGUCGGAGAUGAAAUACAAGAUAGUGGAGCUCGAGGGUCAGGUCAAUUCUCUCAAAUACAUUAACGAACACCAGAAAGUACGCAUUGCCGAGUUGGAACAAAAAAUCAAAAACACCCUGGAGGCGCCCGGAUCCAACAAUGCACUUCCAAAGGUUGAUAAAAUCCCUUAUGUGGACCUAGAUUUCAUUAGAGAUGCACGGAACCAACUCACGUCGUCUAUGCGAGAGGUGGUGCAAUUGUUGAAGUCUCCAGCUCCUUCCAAUGCAUCGUAUUUGAACCUACCUGAUCCUGGUGAGGGAGAAAAUGAGUUUGAAGAGCUUUUCGAUAAUGAUAACGAAUUGUCUGGAAAACUCGAUGAUUUCACUUUUGCUGAAAAACCCACGCAAAAACCAAAGCUGUCUGUAUUCGCUCAUUACUUGGAAGACAUCCCGAUCAAGAAGCCCCAAGACCAACCAAAGCCACAAGAAUCUCGAAACAAAGAAGCAUACAAUGAAAUGAAUGGCAAGCAAAAGUCUUCAGCUUCAAAUGUCUCCCAUAAACCAGAGCAAGAAAGCGACACUGAAACAGUAAUUCUUGACGACGAGCCGUUAGACAUGAACGACGAACAGGCUCGUGUACUCAAACGAACGCAAAGUGUCCAGAUUCCCAAGUCAGCAAAAUCGUUCUUCUGUGAUAUCCACGAGUGUGUGGUGUCAACCAUGAAUGUAAACGGGUCUCAGACCAUCAAUAUCACCACAAUCGAUGACGAUCCUACCCUUUCCGUCAACAUUUCUCAGUUGGAAAGCUCGGUCAUCGACAUCUUCUGCAUAGAUACCAGUCCCUAUCGCUUAUUGCUUGUACUUGAUAGUGGGCUUGUAAAGGUUAUAACACUUGACGAACUGGGUGUUUUAGACACAGUGACAUACAAUGGCAUUAUGGACGAUUACAACAGAGUGUUUUCGUCCGACAUGGCAGUUCGACAGGGCUCAGUCUUGUUGGCUAUAAAUGGGGUUCUGAAAGCUUCGCUGCCCAUGUUGAACAUCUACAGUCUUGAAGAGAAAUCAGUAACAAGAGAAAAAUCCUUUGAUCGUGAGUACUUUACUACGAUCCGUGCCAAUGCAUCUCAUUCAUUCGAAGCAGUUCACUGGGUCGGUGAAGAAAACACCCUCGUCUUCAAGUUGGGCGCUUCGGUCGUCAAGCUAGAUUUGAACCCUUGCUCAUACAAGCAGCUUGUGCAUAGUGAAAAUUUAGCGUACGGUGUUCAUGUUCGAAAUUACUUUGAUAAGAACAUCAUACUCGUGCCCGAAUAUUUGGAGAAAAGGCUCCAGGUCAGAGUAUACGAUUGCGAUAAGGAAGAAACCACUGGUAAAAUGCUCAAGUUUAAUGUUGGUGAAAGUCCUGAAAGCCUCCAAUUAGCAGUGGUUGCAACUAAAGAAGACUUCGCCAUAUAUAAGAUGCACGACCAUCGGCUCGAGGUUUAUGACAGCAAAUUAGAGCUCAUCUCAUACACCACAGCUGAUGGGACUCUACGGCGGAUAGGUGGGCGAGUGGUGGUCACUGGCGACAAUUUCAACUUUUAUGACAUAGAAUAG